ACAUUUUAUGCCUGCUUGUACUCCGUAGCCUACAUCCUUCCCACACUCCUAAACUGGAGGGCAGGUUCCAGCGCCCACCGGGUGUGUCCAGUGACGAGGAAUCACGGAUCUGUUCUCGCCAAGGCCCGCGCAAGCACCCUGAGAUUCAGCUUGUCUUCACGGCUAGGUGGUCGUCUUCAACAUGAACCAUAAGACAAAGCCAAGCUUCAAGAUCCUGCAUGACAUUCCCAGCGGCUUUCAGCACGCCGAGGUCCCAGCCAUCGACCCCAAGAUAGCGAGCGCGCUGGCGACGUACCUACCAGCAACGGUCAUUGGGUGUCAAGACGGGGCACAUCGGCCCUGGACGCCGCUCACGAGGGGUCACAAGUGCGGGGGACCUGUUCCUAACCAGGGUCUCACACCGCACGUAUGGGACGACUGUAAAACUGCCAUCUUUUUGUGGUGGGUGCUGGUGCUCCGUGGUUUCGGCGCCCGAGCUGUAGAAGGCGGCGGAGGCUUGGCCAUGACACUACUAGAGCCCGGUCAUGCGAUCAGCCGUGUGAGCGCUGGUGGACGUUUUUCCGGAGGAGAACUGGCGGCGGGCUGCAGCCGAACUAGCGAACGGGCGGGCGGGUCGGUGGUGCUCAUCGGUCAUCGGGCAGCUGUCGCCUAG